UCCCGGGCCCCGCGCCCCCGGCUCGGCGGGGACGGGUGGACCCCGAGCAGCCUGCUGUCACCUGCCGAGCCGCGGGAGCGAGCGAGCGAUCUGGGGGAAUGUUGGUGUGUCCGCUGCCCGCGCGUCUUCUUCGCCGCGGCUGCUGAGUGAGAACACUGCUGUGGGUGUCCUUGGGCCCUCGCAUCACCGAUGCAAAAGGCCAGUGCUGGUUCUUCAGAAUGAAGCCCUUUACCCACAGCGGCGCUCCUACACCAGCGAGGAUGAGGCCUGGAAGUCUUUCCUGGAAAACCCUCUCACUGCUGCAACUAAAGCAAUGAUGAGCAUCAAUGGAGAUGAAGACAGCGCAGCUGCACUGGGCCUGCUCUAUGACUACUACAAGGUUCCCAGAGAGCGUCGGUCGUCAGCAGCAAAGCCAGAGGGGGAUCACCCAGAACCAGAGCACAGCAAAAGGAGCAGCAUGCCAAACGUGACAGAGCAGCCCCUCAUUUCUGCUGGGGAAAACAGGGUGCAAGUGCUGAAAAAUGUGCCCUUCAACAUUGUCCUCCCUCAUGGCAACCAGCUGGGCACUGAUAAGAGAGGCCACCUGACAGCUCCUGAUACAACAGUCACUGUCUCCAUAGCAACCAUGCCUACCCACUCCAUCAAGACAGAAAUCCAGCCACACGGCUUUGCUGUGGGAAUCCCCCCGUCAGUGUACCAUCCAGAGCCUGCCGAGCGUGUGGUGGUGUUUGACCGAAACCUCAGCACUGACCAGUUCAGCCCCAGCACUCAGCCACCCAAUGCUCAGCGGAGGACUCCAGACUCUACCUUCUCAGAGACCUUCAAGGAGGGUGUUCAGGAGGUUUUCUUCCCCUCGGACCUCAGUCUUCGGAUGCCGGGCAUGAAUUCAGAGGACUAUGUGUUUGACAGUGUUUCUGGGAACAACUUUGAGUAUACCCUAGAAGCCUCCAAGUCACUUCGGCAGAAGCAAGGGGAUAGCACUAUGACAUACCUGAACAAAGGCCAGUUCUAUCCUGUCACCUUAAAAGAAGUAAGCAGCAACGAAGGGAUUCAUCAUCCGAUCAGCAAAGUUCGAAGCGUGAUCAUGGUGGUUUUCGCUGAGGACAAAAGCAGAGAAGACCAGCUAAGACACUGGAAAUAUUGGCACUCCCGGCAGCACACAGCCAAGCAGAGGUGCAUUGACAUCGCUGACUACAAAGAAAGCUUCAAUACGAUCAGCAACAUUGAAGAGAUUGCUUAUAACGCCAUCUCCUUCACCUGGGACAUCAAUGACGAAGCAAAGGUGUUCAUCUCCGUGAACUGCUUGAGCACAGACUUCUCUUCUCAGAAGGGUGUGAAGGGCUUGCCUCUCAACAUCCAGAUUGACACCUACAGCUACAACAACCGCAGCAACAAGCCAGUACACCGGGCCUACUGCCAGAUAAAGGUGUUCUGUGACAAGGGAGCUGAGCGGAAAAUCAGGGAUGAAGAGCGAAAGCAAAGCAAGAGAAAAGUUUCUGAUGUUAAAGUGCAGCUGCUUCCCUCACACAAACGGACAGACAUCACAGUGUUCAAGCCCUUCCUGGACCUGGAUACCCAGCCUGUCCUCUUCAUCCCUGACGUGCAUUUUACCAACCUGCAGCGGGGCAGUCAUGUUCUUUCCAUCCCCUCUGAAGAACUGGAAGGUGAAGGGUCUGUCUUGAAAAGGGGGCCAUUCGGAACCGAAGAUGACUUUCUAGUUCCUCCACCUGCUAAGAUGACCCGGACAGAAGAACCGAAGAGAGUACUGCUCUAUGUCAGAAAAGAGUCUGAAGAGGUCUUCGAUGCCCUGAUGCUCAAGUCUCCGUCUUUGAAGGGCUUGAUGGAGGCGAUCUCAGACAAGUAUGAUGUCCCCCAUGAGAAGAUUGGGAAAAUAUUUAAGAAGUGCAAAAAAGGGAUCCUGGUGAACAUGGACGACAACAUUGUGAAACACUACUCCAAUGAAGACACCUUCCAGUUGCACAUUGAAGAAACUGGUGGGUCGUACAAGCUCACCCUGACAGAGAUUUGAGGUGUAGGGUGCGCUCAGCCCCCAGGGUGCAUUCCUGGAAUCCUCCUUGCAACUUCCUUGGACAUGUGGACUGCCUUUCUUAUGAAGAACCAGAGUGGGUGACAGUGUGAAGUUAGUUCAGUUAAAAGCUGCAUUGUAUAUAAGUGCAAUAUCUUUUUGAAGGCCUGCAUGUAAAUGUGUACAUACAUGUCUGAUAUAAAUAUAAUAUAUAUAUAUAUGUGGUGUCUGUGUACAGAUAGUGGAGGCAAGCAGGAAGAUCUACUCUGAAAACCCUCCCCAGAGAAGAGGUUAUUUUUGAUAAUGUGGACCAAGCAGGUAGAAUGCAUUUUCCCAAACACAAGCAAGUGUUACCUAGCAAAAAGCCGUCUCAAGUGGCAGAGCCGCCUGCUCUUGAGUUGUCACCACCAUGGGGGUUUCUGCACCCUGAGUGGAGCUAAUGGGGGACUCAGCUGCAGUGACUGUGAGGUGUGUAUGCAAGUGUCAGCAAGCUGUGCCCAUGCAGUGUCACAACUGUCAUUGUGAAUCAUCGAUGCACCCCAAAGUGGGCCGACUUUGGCGAGUACCAUGUUUGAGAACUUUGAAGCUUAGCUACGGAGUGCUGACUAGAAAGCUCUUAUGGACAUACAUCACUGCAUCAGGGGAAUGUUUUGUACACACUUAAAUAUUUAAAAAAUAAAAAACUUUACAAUGUAAUUUUAUAACAAAUCCUGUAUCAGAAAUACAAUUGCGGGUCUCUUUAGGUUCAGGGAAGUAGAAUAGGUCAUUUGUAUGAGUAGGAUUGUUAGUGGUAUACUUAGGUAAAAAUAUUCUAAUGAAGUAUGUGAACAAAAUACUUGGUUUUCUGAGAUAUGGGAUACGGGUCAUAUAACAUUAUUUUAUAUUUUGUUUUAUGAAAUAAAUUUUACUUGUUUUAAUUGUA